ACCCAUAGAAGAAGGUGAUCGCUAGGGGACAGUGCAAACCGCUACAUCUUCAGUUUGGCCCAGAAAGUGGCCUUUUUUCAACGACCCUCCCCCUGUUACCCGUCCAUAUUAACCUCGCCGAGGCUUUUUUUUUUUUGUAUUUUUAGACGUAAACUGUUUAUUUGAAGGCGUUUUAUGUGCACCGAUGGAGCCGCUGUGAUACGAUGUAGCCGUUUGUGACGGUUUGUUGCUCAGGUGAAGCAGACGGAGCCGAGGAGGAGUCUCUGAAGAGACAACUUGUUUUAAUCAUCACUGAACCCAACAACUUCAAGCUGGCUGAAAUGGACGAACAAAGUGUUGAGAGCAUCGCCGAGGUGUUUCGUUGCUUCAUCUGCAUGGAGAAGCUGAGGGAUGCUCGCCUCUGCCCGCAUUGCUCCAAACUUUGCUGCUUCAGCUGCAUACGGCGAUGGCUGACGGAGCAGAGAGCCCAGUGUCCACACUGUCGAGCUCCGCUGCAGCUGAGGGAGCUGGUGAACUGUCGCUGGGCCGAGGAGGUCACUCAGCAGCUGGACACCCUGCAGCUCUGCAGCCUCACCAAGCACGAGGACAACGACAAAGACAAAUGUGAGAACCACCAUGAGAAGCUGAGUGUUUUCUGUUGGACCUGUAAGAAAUGCAUCUGCCACCAGUGUGCCCUCUGGGGAGGAAUGCACGGCGGCCACACCUUUAAGCCUCUGGUGGAGAUUUACGAGCAGCAUGUGACCAAAGUGAAGGAGGAGGUGGGCAAGCUGCGCCGCCGCCUCAUGGAGCUCAUCAGUUUGGUGCAGGAAGUGGAGAGGAACGUAGAGGCCGUGAGGGGAGCGAAGGACGAGAGGGUCCGGGAGAUCCGAAACGCGGUGGAAAUGAUGAUCGCUCGUCUGGACAACCAGCUGAAGAACAAGCUCAUCACGCUCAUGGGCCAGAAGACGUCCUUGACCCAGGAGACGGAGCUGUUGGAGUCUCUGCUGCAGGAGGUGGAGCAUCAGCUUCACUCGUGCAGUAAGAGUGAGCUGAUCUCUAAGAGCCCGGAGAUCCUGCUCAUGUUCCAGCAGGUCCACCGCAAACCCAUGCAGUCGUUCGUCACCACGCCGGUCCCCCCAGACUUCACCAGUGAGCUGGUUCCUGCCUACGACUCCAGCACUUUCGUCUUGGUCAACUUCAGCACUCUGAGGCAGCGGGCCGACCCGGUCUACAGUCCUCCCCUGCAGAUAUCCGGCCUCUGCUGGAGGCUCAAAGUCUACCCAGACGGGAACGGCGUGGUCCGUGGAAACUAUCUGUCUGUGUUCCUCGAGCUGUCGGCCGGACUCCCUGAAACGUCAAAAUAUGAGUACCGUGUUGAGAUGGUCCACCAGGCCUCCAGCGACCCGACCAAGAACAUCAUCAGAGAGUUUGCUUCGGACUUCGAGGUCGGCGAAUGUUGGGGCUACAACCGCUUCUUCAGACUGGACCUGCUGGCCAGCGAGGGCUACCUGAACAUGCAGACCGACACGCUGGUCCUCCGCUACCAGGUUCGCUCACCUACGUUCUUCCAGAAGUGCAGAGAUCAGUACUGGUACAUCAGCCAGCUGGAGUCUGCUCAGAGCGGCUACAUCCAACAGAUCAACAACCUGAAGGAGAGGCUGGCCAUCGAGCUGUUCCGCCGCCAGACGUCCCGCAGCUCCUCGCCCCCCGACCUGAGGCUGGCCGCGGGCACCACGGCGUCCGAGAGAGACCCUCGCUCGGUGAAAAGUGACGACGACGCCCAGACCACCUUGAGCAACUCCAAGAAAGGAGAAGAAGAGGAGAGAACGCAGCAUGACGACUCCAACGAGCUGUCGGACGGAGACUUGGAGGUGGAGUGCCUCACUGAGGAGGAGGUGAACCCGCUGGAUGGAAGCAGCACCUCAGGAAGCUCCACGGCCACCAGCAACACCGAGGAGAACGACAUAGACGAGGAGACCAUGUCAGGGGAAAAUGAUGUGGACUUCAUCGGAAACCUGGAAGCAGAAGAAGGAGAGCUUUCUGAGGACCUGGCCGGAGCCACAGGCGGCUCCAGCUCCAGCAUGCGUCUGUCACAUCGAGGCGCUGCUGCAGGCCGCGGCGGCAGCAGCGGCGGGGGGAGCGGAGCUUGUGCCGCCCCCAUCGGGGGCGCUGUUGGGCCAGGCAGCAGCAGCCUUCUGGAAAUCGACCCAGUCAUCCUCAUCCAGCUGCUGGAUCUGAAGGAGCGCAGCAGUGUGGAGUCUCUGUGGGGCCUCCAGCCUCGACCUCCAGUGUCUCUGCUGCACAGCCAAGCACUAGCCCACUCAAGAAAAGACAGAGAGCGGCGGCCGCAGGUGGUGCGGCGGUCGCCUCCGGACUCGGGCGUCCUCAUCCGCCUCAAGGCUCAGAUGGCCGAGGUCCGCAGCAAGAUGGCCGAUGUCAAGAGUCAAGUUAUGGAGGCGCGGGAAUCCGGGGAGCCCAGACCCGGGCCAUCUGGCGGCUUCGGCGUGGAGGAGGCUUCAGCUCAUUGUGGUAAUCCGGAGCUGCCAGCUUGUCACAAGGGUGGUGAGCUGGAGGUGGUGGGGAGAGCAGCUCCAACCCGAUCCAGGGCCUGCCGACCCACGAGGAAGUCUCUGUCCCCGGUCCUGGACAGCAGCAGCAGCGGCGGCGGCUCUCUGCUUGUGAAGAGGAGGAGCCCUGAGGAGAUGGAGAAAGAUCUGAGGGGAGCGGAGGCCGCUGCCGAGCUCAGCUUGCAUCCUAAAGAUGGGAUCGGAGCUGCGGAGGGAGUGUUAAAGUCUGAAGCCGUCACCGGUACCCUCGUGUCUUUGGGCUGCUCCUCGUCGGACCAAGCCUCCACCAGCUCCAAGCAGCAGUACUCAGUAGAACAGCAGCUGUACGGCGCCUCGGGGUCCAGAGACGAGAUCUUUUCCCUGGGAGGACCGAGCUACAUGACUGCCAGCAAGGCCUGCAGCAGCAGGACUCUGGGGGCAGCUGGGCUGGAGUGCGAGUCUGAAAGCUCAGGAAACUCCCGUCAGUCCCUGCUGGAGGGGAUUUCUGCACCACCGCAGUCAAAUGACGAUCAGUCGUCGUCUAUGCUGGAGGCAGCAGCCAGCAGUGACAGCGACUCUGAGGACGAGGCUCUGCAGAGCAGCAAUUCCCGAUAUGACAACCACACUCCUCCUUGCACAGGGGAGCAGCUCCUGUCCGACAACAAUGGGCUUCCUGCCGUCAGGUGAUUUCCUGGGAGCGUGUCGGGCCGCUAUCCCCGGAGUCCAAACAGCGAGUCCGCAAUGGCCACGAAUGUUGCCUGUGGCUUGUAGAAUAUAAACUGCCUGUUAUGCAUGAACCUGAGAUAAAGACGACAACAACAACCCGACCUGUGAACCACGAGGCACAAGCACCCUGCAGGUCCUCAGCCUGGGGCCAAGGCACCGAUUAAAGCAAUAUGUUCAUCAUUUUCUGUAACCAAAUCAGAUCCGGAUAGCAAAGUUGAUUAACAGAGAUGAGCAUACUUUCAUUUAUUUAAUAACCACUGCCUUAUUUAAUAGAGUAAUAGAAUAAAUCGUCCACCAUGUAUCUCUCUGUUCCACGGUGUAGGAAUGCUUUUCCUCAGUCCAGCGUCUUUGUGCACAUUUAAACCUGCAAAAAGCUUCACCACAGUCAUUUUGUUUUUCUCUCAUUUCUGAAGUUAACAAGGUUUUUUUUUCUGUAACUGCUCUCCUGCUAACAGCAUGCAGCAGCAUGAGUCCAGCGAACCCCUUGAGGUUUAAAACGGCUGCCGCUCCGAUCUGUUCGCUGAAACUUCGACGCCUCCUGCAGAUUUGAGGAAGUUUUUGCUUCGUCGCGCUCGCAGACGUCAGUAACUGAGCUGGGAAUGCAGCUGUAAGCUGUGUCCGCCCCCAGAGGUCUGCUGCACAGGUUUAUUUAUUUAAAGUUUAGUAAGAUUUAUUUAACUUGAACGUCACAGCAUGAAUGAAGAGUCGUCUAGGCUGCAGCAGCUCUGUUUUCUAAAUUACGUUGGACAUGCUCCUUUAAAGACAACAGAGCACAAUUUCUAUAUGAUCAGUCCAUCCAAAUUACAUGGAUUUAUUGCGCAGAGCUGUUUUGUUGUAUUUAUAGGGGUGAAUUUUUCUUCUGGUGCAGGGACGUGUUUGAGGUGGACGGCCCGAUUUUCAAAAACUCCACAUUUACAACCUAAAUAUAUUUUCUGUUAAUGAAUAAGUAAUAAAAUAUAAAACGCUUUCCUGCAGGUGAAAUGUAAUUUGUGGGGCUUGAACAGGUCCGAUGGGUUCUGUUGUUUGGGCAGGUGUAAGCAAAGUGUUCAUAACUUGGCUGGAAUAAUGUAAAUCUCCCAGAGAUUAGCAGUAAUAAAGGUCAGUAAUUAUGUAACGUGUUCUCUGCUGCUGUGCUGCCGGCUUUCCUUGAUGGAGUUACUCGUUUACACCUCGGCGCUCCGAAUAAACAGAGCAGAAGAUGAUUAUAAAGGUUGAUGCUGAAACAUUGAGCUCUGAAUAAAAGGCCCAAGUCAGGCCUGUUUUUUUUUUUUUUAUAAGUCAUCCAACCCUUAAAUGUCCUGUGAUUAGUUUACAUUGUGAAUAUUUUUGGUAAGCCUGGAAGUGCAUGGCUUUGUUGCACAUCAGCACCCUGUAGCAGGACUUUCACCAUGUAGUCUUGUCAGAUCUCUUGUUUUCCACCAAAAAGCUGCUUUUGUUAUGAAUGAAUUGCAACAUUGCAUUGUUCCCCGUGGAUAUUUUUGUCUAAUAAAUGAAAUGUUUUACAACAUGUGAAAA